CCUACAGGAUGCUUUUGUCUUUCAUGCCGUGCCACGUGAUGAAAACAACACCGCUUGCUAUCUCGUGAAUACUCCACUUGCAUUAUCUAAAAAUGUUUAAAAUACAGUUGUUGAGGGUUUUUCUCAAUGAGAGAUUAACAGCUGCUGCUGAGGAGAUAUUCGGGGUCGUUGAAAAAACGAUAGCAGAGUAUCAGGAGGAAGUUGUCCGUCUACAGAGGCUGCUCGACAUUGUUCUUCAACCUGAGCCUGAUAUAACGUUAAAGCUACACAGAGCAGACCUCCAACAGCGUACUCUCUCUGUAUCUGAAGAGGAGGUUCCCUCUGAGCAGCAGCAGUGUGAGCUGGAGUGGAGCCCCAGUCUGGGACCGGAGGACACAGAGCCCAUACAGAUUAAAGAGGAAGAAGAGGAACUCAGGACCACUCAGGAGGAAGAGCAGAUUCAUGGGUUUGAGACUGAUACUAAAGACUCCAUAUUCACUGCUGGCUGUGUGAAAAAUGACUGUGAUGAGGACCCAACUCAUCCCUCACGUCUCUAUCAAGCCCGAAAGGAAAGAAAUGGCAAGAGAGACCCUACAACUGAACAGAUCACAACACAACCUGAUGGAGAGGACUACAUAGAAUCAGAACCAAUCAGUGUCUCCCAGCCCCUCUCUGCAGUUAAUCCAGAUGCAGCUCAGAGUGAAAACAUUGAAAGUGUAGGUGGUAUGGAGACUGGAGGACCUCUGUCAGGUUUUAAGCCAGUCAUAACAAAGAGAUCAGAGAUGGCAAAAGGACAAAGGUCCCGUAUCAAUACUAAGGGUAAGACAUCGACACAAUUCUCCCUCCUGAAAUCACCCAGUCAAAGUCAUGCUACUUCCUAUUGUUGUUCCUGCCCUGUUUGUGGUACAUGCUUCAACCAGAAUGAAGAUCUGAAAAGACACAUGAGGAGCCACACAGGAGAGAAUCCAUAUUAUUGUCAUGAUUGUGGCAAAACAUUCAUUCGGAGUGGACAUCUAAAAAUACAUAUGCGGAUUCACACAGGGGAGAAACCUUUUAAUUGUCGUCAUUGUGGCCAAGGAUUCAACCAGAAUGGAAAUCUAAAAAGACACAUGAGGAUUCACACAGGAGAGAAACCUUAUCACUGUCAUUUUUGUGGCAAAGGAUUCUGCAACAGCAGUAAUCUGAAAAAACAUAUACGGAUUCACACAGGUGCAGGGUUUGGGUCAAUUCCAAUUUAGUUAGAAAUUCCAAUUAAAUUCACUCAAGAAGUGGAGAAUUUACAUUGUUGAAAUUUGAAUUGAGUUCAAUCUUUAAGUUAUGGUAUUGGAAUUAGACUUGAGUUGGAAUUGUAAAAACAUUUAAUCUUUGGAAUUGAAUGAAAAUGUAUGGAAUUUAUGCACUUAGAAUUUUUUUAUUGCAGGAUUUGUUUUAAAUCAUUUCAACUUGUAAUUAUAUAUUUACACUAUAGCUAAGCGGUCUGAACAGUGACAUGAAUUAAUGGAAUUUUAAUUUACAGGGAGAGGGAAUUGAAUUAGAACUGAAUUUGUGGAAAUCACCCCAACCCUGUACGGGGGGAGAGAAGCCAUUUCACUGCCCUGAUUGUGGCAAAACACUAAGGUUACAACUCGAUCAACAAAUGAAUUCACACAGAGGAGAAAUAAGACUGUUACUGCCCUAACUGUAGCACAGGCUUCAAUACGAUUGACCAUCAAAAGAUACAAGGACUCACACGGAAGAAAUGAUAUCAUUGCUGUGUUGAUGACUGAUGUUUCAGGAAUGACACAAAUCCAAAAAGUACUCACAUGGGAGAAACAAUUAAGAUGCAAUGAUUGAUAUGCUUAAGUGGGCCCAUUCAUACAAAUGAACCUUGUGAAACCUUGUAUUUUUUCUUCAUCCAGGGAUGGUGUGUUUUAUUCACAACAUAAUAAAUGUUGAUAACCUUGUUCAUUUAAGUGUC